AUGAGCGCAAUCUUCCGCAUGGUCCAGGAGACCCAAGAUUCACUCUCCGACGAUGCCCUCUUGCCCCUUAAGUCCUACAAGUACUCGAGUGUCGACAAGUCAUUUAUUUCCAACUAUAUCUUGAGACAUUAUUGGAAUGCCUUCGUCGAACUUGUGCCGAUGUGGAUGGCCCCCAACAUGGUGACCCUCCUUGGAUUCGUGUGGAUUGUCGCCAACGUGUUUUUGAUUGAGCUGGCUGUGCCCGAUAUGGUGGGACCUGGUCCUGGGUGGAUCUACUUCAGCUUCGCUCUUGGCAUGUGGAUGUAUUCCACCCUCGACAAUGUUGAUGGAAAGCAAGCUCGUCGCACUGGAACAUCCAGCGGACUCGGAGAACUUUUUGAUCAUGGAAUCGAUUCUCUGAACUGCACCAUGGCCAGUUUGCUGUCAACCGCCGCAAUGGGCUUCGGAUCCACCUACCUUGGCGCAUGGACGGCUCUGGUUCCUUGCCUGGCCAUGUAUUUCUCGACCUGGGAGACUUUCCACACCCACACCCUGUACCUCGGCUACUUCAAUGGCCCGACCGAGGGCCUCUUGAUCGCCAUCAGCAUCAUGGUCGCUUCUGGAAUCUGGGGUCCCGGAAUUUGGUCGCAACCCAUUACUGAUCUCAUCAACUGGCCGCUCGUGUUUGGUACCAACUCUAUCAAAGACUUGUGGGUGCCUAUCUUGCUGGUUGGCUUCUUCUUGGGCCAUCUGCCUGGAUGCGUUAUGAAUGUGUAUGCUGCGCGUAAGAAGCAAGGUCUGCCGUUCACCCCGCUGCUUAAGGAAUGGAUCCCCAUGGCCGUCUUCACUGGUUGCAACAUGGCUUGGUUGUUCUCCCCUUACUCAACCAUCCUGUCUGGCAACCACCUUGUCCUCUUCUGCUGGGUCCUCGCUUUCGUCUUUGGUCGCAUGACCACUAUGAUUAUUCUGGCUCACCUGAUCAGACAGCCCUUCCCGUGCUGGACUAUUCUGCUGGCCCCGCUGGUUAUCGGCUCCGUUCUUAUUAACCUUCCCGUCCUAGGCUUCCCCGUCAUUGCUCCUUGGUUGGAGCUUCUCUACGUCUGGGUCUACCUUGGCUUUGCGUUUGUUAUCUAUAUGCACUGGGCUGUGCUCGUCAUCAACCGCAUCACUACUUUCCUAGGCAUCAACUGCCUCACCAUCCGCAAGGAUCGUGGUCCAGCUCGUGACAGAGCCUACCGCAACCUUGCUGGUGAAACCCAGCUUGAGUCACCCCGUGCCUCGACUGAUACCUCCAAGACCCAUUAG